AUGGCGGGCGCGCGCGUGCUCGUGCACGUGCGGCGCGCGGGGGCGGGGGGGGCGGCGGCGUUCGGGCAGAGUGUCACCGGCGUGUUCUGCCCCGCGCACACCGACGUGGCCCUGGUGAGCUGCGGGCUGGAGCGCGGCCGCUUCCUCAUCUCCGAUGUGCCCUUCCCCGGCUCCACCGUCACCGUCCUCAAGAGACCCCCGUUCUGCCCCGCCAAGCUGGGAGGGGACACGCCGGGUGACCGGGGGGGACACGCGGGGGUGACAGCAGCGGUGGCCGUGCUGCUGGAGGCCACCUGCGGCCACGUCCUGCUGACCCGCCGGGCCACCACCCUGCGACACUUCCCCAACGUUUGGGUGCCACCAGGUGGGCACUUGGAGCCAGGAGAAGAGCUAGUGGCCGCGGGGCUGCGGGAGCUGGCCGAGGAGACGGGGCUGCACCUGGAGCCCGGAACCUUCUCGUGGCACCUGCUCGGCCUCUGGGAGUCGCUGUUCCCCCCCUCGCUGAGCUGGGGGCCACCGCGGUGCCACCACAUUGUCACCUACCUGGGGCUGCGCUCGGCCGAGCCCCGCCAGCGGCUGCAGGCCCGGCUGUGCCCGAGCCCGGCUGAGGUCAGCGCCGUGGCCUGGCUGGAGCCUCCGGUCCUGGAGGCCAUCGCUGCCACCGAGGAUGGAGCCGAGGGACCGGGACCAGGACCGGGAUUGGGAUCAGGACCGGGAUUGGGAUCAGGACCGGGACCGGGAUCACUCUCCAGCGAGCUGCCGGCCACCAUAGGGAUCACGGAGCUGAGCCCCGACGGCCUCCGCUGCUCCCGGAUCCCCACCGGGACCCUCCUGCGCCGGGCCCCGGAGCGCGGCCCCGACCUGGAGCGCGUCAGCACCGGCACCAAAUUCGCCCUGGGCCGGUGGCGGGCAGGGCCCGGCCGGGGGCAGGAGCGCGAAUAAAAUCCCGGCGGGAUCCGAACCC